GGGCGGAGACGCAGCCUCCAGGAUCCUAGGUUCGAAUACUCCCUCUGGCUCUGGUCACCGUCAUGCGCCUCCGUUUACCCAUCUGCAAAAUGGUGUUAGCUCUAGCCCUUGCUAAGGCCCGCGGAAGGGAGAGAGACCGAGAGAGGCAGAGCCUGGGUUCGAGUCCCGCCAUGGGCCGAGGUCUGUGCGACUCUGGGCCAGGAGCCUGAACCCCCUGGGAACCCGAUGAGCACGCAACGAGUGGCCGUCAUAUACCGCAGCUUGUCACUUCCGGGCCCGGGAGGCCCACGGCUCAUGGCCGGCACGCGGAGGAUUUGAACUCUGAACUCGGGGCUCGGCCGUCACGUGAUGGACUUGAACUCGGGGCUCGGCCGUCACGUGAUGGACUUGAACUCGGGGCUCGGCCGUCACGUGAUGGACUUAAACUCCGGGCUCUGAGCCGUCGAGCCGCGGGCCCGAGGCCCCAGAGUGUCACUUGUGAGGAAAUUCCCUUAGGCCUGAAGCCCUCGGACCCUUCCCCGCCCCCAAGCCCGGGCCGCAGGGGCAGAAUUGGCCAUUGGCCAAAUCGUUGUCUAAAAGGCCUCCCUCCCUCAAUGGGGGCCGAAAAAAAAAGCACAUCUCUGAAAGAGGAGAAUUCGGACCUCACAACUUGAAAUAAAAACGCGAAAAACUGGAAAAAAAGAGUCAAAAUCAAGAGCAUGAGGGUUGCUCUGUGGUAAAAACAGCACUUCGGGCUGUGAGGCCAGUUUAGGCAGUUGGGGGGUGGGUCAGAGACGCGCAGUUGGCAGGGGCUCGGGGGCGCCCGCUGGCCCCCGCUGCCAACUGGGACUCUGUCGGACCCACCGCGCAGCAGAAUGGCGGUUGGCAAGGGUCCGGGGGACGCCAGUUGGUUCCCUCUACAACUCUCUUUUUUCUUUUCAAUAGCUUUUUAUUUACAGUCCUCUGCAACUCUUAUCUGCCAACCGCGCGUCUGAUCCACACAGCUGAGUUGCGGUUGGCAGGGGUCCCAGCGAUGCCAGUUGGCUUCCUCCGCCAACUGCCACUCUCUGACCCACACAACAAAGUAGCGGUUGGCAGGGGGUCUGAAGGAUGCCAGUUGGCUUCCUCCGCCAACUGCAAGUCUGUCUGAUCUCCUACACAGCGGAACUGCGGCUGGCAGGAGAACACAGAUGAAGACGAGAUAAAAUGGGAGAAAACCUUAGCCGGGAAAGCUCCUGGCAGCUUGACCGCCGGCCCGAGUGGAGUCUGGGCCCCAGCGUUCCCGUAGAGGAAGGGCUUUUCCAACACGGCGGGCACAGGGCCAGUUUGUGAAGGCUUGUUGGUUUGGAGAGGCUCAUGGGAUACUGUGUAAAAGUUAACUGCCAUUGAGGGAGAGAGUCCCGGACUACAUAGAUAGAGAUCUAGGAAACUUAGACUACAAAGAGUCAUUGAACCGGGGGAGCUGUUGGCUCACCAGCAGAAGGAGCCCCCCAGGGAGGGUCUCUCUUUGGCUUUUCCCUCACUCGCCACGCGAGGUUGGGGAAGCUCUGGGCCCAAAGCUGGCAUUCAGUGAUCGUGCCGCCCUGUGACCCUACAAGGAUUCUUAAGCGCCUACUUUGUGCCCCUCACUGUGCCGGGCACAAGGACACAAGGGAAGGAUUUUCUGCCCUCGAGGAGAUCACAGCCUAGUCUAGUCUAGGGAGCAAAGGCUGGAGAGCGCUCCCGGGGCUAAUGGCCAACCAUGGGCAGGAAGUGAAGGGGGACCCCAGAUGGGGAAGGGCUGCAUCCUCGGGGAGGUAGAAGGAGACACAGCUCUGAAGACCUCUGGCUGCACCUUCAGGGCUGCGCAAAGGCGGCCAGUCUUGUAGCAGACAGAACCAUUCACCACCUAGCUGCGGAGCCCUUGGGAAAUAAGGCCAGGAGACCAUGGAAAAUCUGAUCCAAAUGCUUGAGAAAGCUCUGCCUUCUCAAGACUCUGCCUUGUCCCAAGGAAGGAACAUAGAGGAGGAGGAAGAGGAGGAAGAGGAAGGCAUGAACUCCAGACUUCUGACAGCCAGGUCGCAGUCCGUGACCUUCAGGGACGUGGCUGUGGACUUUACCCAAGAAGAGUGGAGGCGGCUGGCCCCUGCCCAGAGGGACCUCUACAGGGACGUGAUGCUGGAGAACUACCACAACUUUGCUUCUCUGGGGCUUCCCGUUUUUAAACCAGAUGUGAUAUCCCAGUUGGAGCGAGGGGAAGGACCAUGGACGCCGGAAGCUGAGGUCCCCCAAGUCACUUGUCCUGAGUCUCUUGUUCAAAGAAGAUUUGAAACCAUGAACUCGACUUCAAAGCAAGGCGCCUCUGUGGGAAGAUCGUGCAAAGAAAAAUUAACAAAAACCGGUCCCUGGGAUUCCAAGUUGGGAGAACCUUGGGAAUUUGAUGUCAGGAUGGAGAUGCAGAAGAACAGCAGUGGGGACAAGGAGGCCAGGGAAAUAACAGCCAUUCACAGAAAAACUUCUAAUGAGUUAAGUGCUCAGCAAUGUUAUACAUUUGUGAGAAGGUUUAGCCCAGAGUCAAUCCUUGUUCUGCAACAGAAAGUUCCUGCAGGAAAAGUUUUCCAUAAAUAUGACACGCUUGAAAAGAGCUUCAGACAGCUUUCUGAUCUAAAUAAGCAGAAUAGAGUCCCCUUAGGGAAGAAGCUUUGUAAAUAUAACAUAGGUAGGAAACCCUUCAGUUACCACUCUGAUCUCAUUCAGUAUCAUAAAAUCCACACAGGAGAGAAACCCUUUGAGUGUAAUGAAUGUGGGAAAGCCUUUAGCCAGAAGGGACACCUUAUGGAUCAUCAGAGAAUUCACACUGGCGAGAAACCCUUUGUGUGUACUGAAUGUGGGAAAGCUUUUAGCCUUAGGGUAUGCCUUACUCUCCAUCAAAGAACUCACACUGGGGAGAAACCCUAUAAAUGUAAUGAAUGUGGGAAAGCUUUCAGCCAGAGGGGACACCGAACUGAACACCAGAGAAUUCAUACUGGAGAGAAACCCUACAUCUGUAAUCAGUGUGGAAAAGCCUUUACCAACAACUCUAUCCUACGGAAUCAUCAGCGGAUUCAUACUGGAGAGAAACCUUAUAAAUGUGAUGAAUGCGGGAAAACCUUCAACCAGAGGAGACCCCUUACUGAGCACCAGAGAAUUCAUACUGGAGAAAAGCCUUUUGAGUGCACUGAAUGUGGGAAGGCUUUUAGCCGUAAGGUGUACCUUACUUUACAUCAAAGAAUUCAUACCGGAGAGAAGCCCUAUAAAUGUAAUGAGUGUGGGAAAACCUUCAGCCAGAGGGGAGCCCUUAAACAGCAUCAGAGGAUUCAUACCGGUGAGAAACCUUUUGAAUGUACUGAAUGUGGGAAAGUUUUUAGUCAUAGGGUAUGCCUUACUAUGCACCAGAGAGUUCACACCGGAGAGAAACCUUUUGAAUGUAAUGAAUGUGGAAAAGCCUUCAGUCAGCAUUCCAACCUUACUCUACACGAGAGAAUUCAUACUGGUGAGAAACCCUUUGAAUGUAACGAAUGUGGGAAAACUUUCAGCCAGUUUUGCCACCUAAUUGAGCAUCAGAGAAUUCAUACCGGAGAAAAACCCUUUGAAUGUAAUGUAUGUGGGAAAGCCUUCAAUCACAAGUGGCAGCUUACUGAACACCAGAGGAUUCACACUGGAGAGAAACCCUUUGAAUGUAACGAAUGUGGGAAACACUUCAGCCAUAGGACCUCUUUUAUUAAUCAUCAGAGGAUUCAUACUGGAGAGAAACCCUAUGAAUGUAAUGAAUGUGGAAAAGCCUUCAGCAACAAAUCAAGCCUUUGGAAUCAUAACAGAAUUCAUACUGGAGAGAAACCAUUUGAGUGUAAUGAAUGCGGGAAGGCCUUCAGUCAGAGAGGGCACCUUACUGCACAUCAGAAAAUUCAUACUGGGGAGAAACCCUUUCAUUGUAAUGAGUGUGGCAAGCACUUUAGCCACAAGACUUCCUUUAUUCACCAUCAGAGAAUUCAUACCGGAGAGAAACCCUACGAAUGCAAUGAAUGUGGGAAAGCCUUCAUCAGCAACUCAAACCUCCGAGGACAUCAGAGAAUUCAUACUGGAGAAAAACCCUUCGAGUGUAACGAAUGCGGGAAGGCAUUUCGUCAGAGUUGCCACCUUACCGAACAUAAGAGAGUUCAUACUGGGAAGAAACCCUUUUCUUGCAACGAAUGCGGGAAAGCCUUUAGCACCAGCUCGACUCUGAGGAAGCAUCUCUGUAAGCAUCUUUGUAAACUUUAAAAUACGAUGAAUAUACAUAAUGGCAACGUGGUAAUGAUCAAAUAAGCCAUAUUGGAGAAAAACCCUUAAGAUUGUGAUCAGAAAAAGAAUAAAUGACAGCAUGUAGUCCAUCACUUAUCAGACAUCCAUCCGAUGCUUCAUAUUGGAAAGUCAAGGUAUUUUGGUACCAGCUACAAUAGUAUUUGGUCCAUCAAGAGAUAAAGAUCUCCAUCUCCUUUAUUUCUCCUUGUUACCUGCCGUCAGGCGAUAGUGGAUGUUAAUACAGCAAAUAUGUCGGGACAAGACCUGAACUAAUGCCUGAAAUUCCCAAAAAUCUGUUAGUAAAUCCCCUAAAAAUGUUAUUUAACGAAGUAGCUCAGCUUAAGGAAUUAUUAAUAUAAGGUCAUUAAUAUUAAAGAAUAAAAGUGGGAAGAGAAAUUACCUA